AAAGUGUUGCGAGUCCUAGAACUAUAAAGCCUCCUAGCAACGCAUUCCGGAGAGCAGCACUCACGUAUUACAGUAUAGAAACGUGGUGACGAACAUUUACUCACAGCUGCAGAGGAAGGCAUGCAUUGUUGAACUCGCUUCUGACAUAAACUAGGGGUUUGACACUUUGCAUGCUGGUGCUCAGUUUUGUCAACUACGCUUGCCCCAAAACGUUGAACAAUACGUUUGUGUGCGUGAAUAUUAGGUCUUUUUUAUUUGACGACCGUGUCCAGAAAAGCCAUUCCGAUGUUGUCUCGAGAUUCACCUGAGAUUGAGUCAAGUCUCAGACUUUGGUCGCGUCUAGACCCCUGGGGAAGAUCCAUGGAGGAGAAGGAGGAGAACCCGCUGGAGAGGGAGCAUACUCUAGCAGUGGUUCUACCAGGAGGCCUGGAGAAAAUGGCCACGGUACAUGGGAGUAAACCUGUGAUGGACUUGCUGGUCACACUCUGUGCCCAGUACCACCUGAAUCCAUCUGACUUCACCAUGGAACUCCAGUCGGCCAAUAGAAACGACAUCUCCUUCAAACCCAGCACUCUGAUUGGAGCCAUGGAGCCUCACAGGAUCCUACUGAAACCUAAAGGGGGAGAGGAGAAGAUAAAGAGGCCGUACGUGCCAGAGGUCACUGUACGUCUGCUGAUCAACUACAAGAAGAACCAUAAGGCCGUUGUGAGGGUCAACCCUAGAGUCCCUCUGGAGCAGCUCCUGCCUGCGGUGUGUGAGAAGUGUGAGUUUGACCUGGAGUCCACCAUUUUUCUGAGAGCCAACGACUCUGAAGGACCUUUAAACCUGAGCAGGUCCCUCGAUGACUAUGGACUAAGGGAACUAUACGCCAAGAACAUGGCAGAAGCACCUGUAGAAACACCCACCCUACCAAGUAAAGAGCAGAAACAGAAACAGAAAGAGAAAGAGAACAGGGGAUUGUUCGGCUUAUUCAGGAGAAUUAAGAAGAAACCAGAAAAGGGUCUCUCAGUGAGUGCCCCGGCCUCGCGUGGUCUGAAAAACCAGCGGGUGGCCAGCAUCAGCAUGAACUCCCUGGGUAUCCACUCCUCCAACACCCUGCCCAUGGACAACACCAUGGUCAAGAAAAGACGGGCACCCAUGCCCCCCAUGGCAGGCUCCGAAAGUGUCCCUGCUAACCUCAACGUCCAGCCGUUGACCUCUAGGAAGAAGAGGAGAGCCCCCCCGCCACCCCCCUGUGCCCCCCCACCACCAUCCUCCUGUGUUAACACCCACAAAGGAGCACCCCAGGACACUGAGAUCAAAGGGAAGGGAGUAUCACUUUACACACUGGAGGAGAUGGGAGAGUGUGAGGAGGACCUGGACUCCACAUCCUCAUCCCCAAACAUCUCCAGCCCUUUGACUCAGCCCCGAGUGCCCCCCACUCCCCCUUCUACCCCAUCCACUACCUCUUGUCCCUCUAGCACCUUUCCACCUUCCGAUCUCUACCAUCCCUCUCCUCUCUGCCCUCCCUCCUCUCCCACCAUAGGGAAGACACUAACCCCUUUCCUGCUUUGUCAAACCAGGGCCAACCUCAAGCAUCCUUCGUUCCCAACCCUAAGACCUGUCAACUCCACCAACGGAGGGUCCCCUGUGUCCUUGACACAGUCGGGUGGAAGUAAGGGAUUCAGUCCCCUCUCUUUACUCCAACUCAAGACCAAGGCCCCUGGUGAGGCUUGGAGGAGUCCCGGUCUGAGGGAGGGGUUGACCACCUUCACCGUGGUGCCCCGAGGGCAGUCACUGAUAGGGCACAGGGGCUUGGAGGCGGACCUGACCCUGGCGAAGACCCAGGCCUUAGACCCAGCACAAACCAUUGAUGAACCCUCUAAUGGUGUUGCUGAGCCUGGGUUGGAGCACCACCGGACAAUGAAGAAGACACCUGUAUUGCUGGAGAGGUCAGUGGUUGAGGCAUCCACCCCAGAGCCUGAUAUGGAUUCUAAACUUUCUCCUCCAGGGUUUCCAGAAGGUUCUACUGACUGGGUCAUCAGUCCUCCAACCGUGUCUAGUCCUAGCGAGCUUUACCAGACCGCACCAAAUUCACCAGUGGUAGUCAAGCAGGAGAGUUCAGAGGUUGAGGCCCAGGAGGAGUCCGAAUCACCCACAGACAGUGUAGAUUCAGAACUACAGAAAAGUCUAGAGGUAGAAGUCCUAGAGGAGUCAGAUUCACUCUCAGAGAUACCCAACCCAUACGCAGCUGACCUGUUGGCCCACACCAAUGGAAUACCUGGAGAUGAGGUGACCUCAACUCCUGAACUACUAGAGAGCAGAGGAUCGUUCCGGAAGCUCAGUCUGGUGAUGGAGGCCGAAGAGGACCGUUUCUGUUUCCCUCCACCCCCUCCCCCUGUGUGCUAUGAUAAGGAGGUGGAGGAGACAGAGCCAACCCAGUUACGAUUGAGGCCUCCUGGGGGAAGAAAUCACCGCCCUCCCUCUUAUCCUCCCUCUUCUCUUCCUACGCUGAGUCGUUCCUUCUGUGAACCAGCAGAGGGAGACAAUCAGACUAACGCCCCUUCACCCAAACCAUACGUGCCUGCAGCCAAAACCCUGGCCAGGAAAACCGGCAUCCCCUCCUGCUUUGCCCAGGCUGUGGCUCUAGCAGUCCGUAAGUCUCAGUCCUCCCGAAGGCCAGCACCAGACUUGCUUCCCGCCUGUUCCUCCCAUUCCGGUUCCUCACCCUCCUCUGCCUUACCGCGAACCAAUGUGGUCAUCCCACCAGCCUCCACUGCUUUACACAGGAAAGAAGGGAAGGGCAUAUCUUUAUGUGAGUGUGUACAUUUUACAGUGGUAUUUUUUUUCUCUCUGGAAAGACGUCAUUUGUUACAUUAAAUGGCGACCUACGCCUUUCUAAACAGUCCUGCCAGGCUGGUAUUCUUCUGAGACACCUUGGUGUUUGUCUGUUAUCUUUAUGUGGUAUAUGGCCCUGUGGAAUACCUCUGUGGACACGCUCACACUCUGUGUGACCUGGUGGAGGAAGGACUUCAUCUAAACUGGUGAUAUUUGUGUCUCUUGUCCCACAGGGGCCAUAAUGGCUUCUUAGUAAAUCUGUGAAUGGAAGUUCCUGUUUAGAGUGAGGCGACUGCAGUGAAGUAGUAGUAGUCGGCCACCACAUAGUCACAUGACCUCCAAGUGGACCCCACUUAUAGGAACCCAGGCCCCUUGUUUUGCACGGGGAGUCAGCACGUUAUAGAAACGUUUAUCCAAGACUUCAUCCAAGAGUUUGGUUAGUGUACAGGUCAUUUUAUGUUCACUGAAUGUUUGUUUUUUUGAAUCAUGCUACCUGUAUUAACCGGAGGCAGUGCUGCCUUAUGUUAUUAAGAUGUUUGACUUACAAAUGAGCCAACAGGAAACUCCAUGUACAAAA